AUGGACGAAGACAACGUGGUGGGGGCGCUCUUCCUGCAGAACGGGGAGGACAACGGGUACGACCCCGAGGACUUCGUGCAGGAGCUGGACGUCGGCCCGUCGGCGCCGCACUUCCGCAUCUCCGUGGCCGACGACGACGGCGGAAUCCCCGGCUCGCUCUUCGCCUGCGCCGUCUGGAACGGAGCCGUGCGUAGGUUCAUCGCCAUGCACAUCGCCAAGCACCCAGAGCUCGUGAAGGGACGGAGUGUCGUGGAGUUCGGCGCGGCAUCAGCGCUGCCGUCGCUGGUGGCACUGCAUUUUGGAGCGGAGGUGGCAGUAAUGACGGACUACCCGAACGACCUACUGCUGAAGAAUAUUAGGACAAACAUCAAGCGCAAUGAGCACCUGCUGGGCAGCGGGAGACGCGAAGUGCGAGGCCACUUGUGGGGCAGCGAUACGAAAGGGCUGCUGAGCUGCCUAGGUGCAACAGAGCCAGCGUCAGACCUUGUUGAUUCGGCUGGAAAGGAGUGUGACGACCCAGUGGUGGAUAGUAGUGCUGAUGAUGGCGGCAACAACUCACCGAAGGGUCGAUUCGAUGUGGCUGUCGUUGCCGAGUGUCUAUGGCUUCACCACUUGGUAAGUUUUCGGAAUGGUUGGCGUGUGUGUCUCUGUGUGGUACAGUAG